UCCCGGGCCCCGGCAGCCAGGCCGCGGCUCCCCCCGGCGGCGCUCGCUCUGCUCCGCUCCGCCCGGCAGCGGGGCCGGGACCUGCCCGUGGCGAGGCGAGGCGAGGCGAGGCGAGGCGGCGCCGGGACUCUGCCCAGCCCGGAGCGGGAGCGGAGCUCGGCCGGGCCGGGCCGGGCCCGCUGGAGAAGCCCCGCCCGGGGGGGCCAUGGCCGAGCGGGCCGCUGCCCAGGCUCUGGCCACCCCCCGCCCUGUGUCUGUGCAGCCCCUCCCCGCUUCCGAAGGGACCCCCGGGAGAGCGAGCGCGCUGCACCCCGCAGAGAUUUCCCUCCCGGCCCUGGCUGCCCUCCAAGCCGUGGGGAGGAAGGUGGACUCUCAGGCUGCACAGUUGCUGAAUCUGGACGGGAGAAUGGGGACGGCUGAGAAGAAACUAGUCAGCUGUGAGAAAACAAUGGUGGAGUUUGGGAACCAGCUGGAGAGUAAAUGGGCCGCGCUGGGAACUCUGAUCCAGGAGAAUAAUCUGCUGCAGAGGAGGCUGGAGAACAUGGAGAACCUGCUGAGGAACAGGAACUUCUGCAUCCUGAGGCUCCCCCCAGGCUCUAAGGAGGAAGUUCCUAAGGUCCCGGUUAUGUUUGAAGACAUCUCAGUCCACUUCUCCAGGGAGGAGUGGGAGAAUUUAGAAGAAUGGCAGAAGGAGCUUUACAAGAACUUGAGGAAAGACAACUAUGACUCUUUGAUCUCCCUGGACUGUACCAUCUCCAAACCUGACAUCCUAUCACCGACUGCACAGGAGGAAGAACCAGGUGUCAGGGUGCAGAGAGAUCUGGAGGAGAGAGGAACCCCUGUGGAUCCCAGCACUGACUCUCCAGUUUUGACACCUGAGGUUUUAUCCCAGGUUAAACUAGAGGAGGGGUCGUGCAGCAGAGUUCAGCAAGAAUUGGAAGAGAGAGAAAUCCCUGCGGAUCCCAGCCUGUCAGGUGACGGGCUUGUGAUCAAAACGGAGGAGGGGACGGUCAGGGAAGGCCACAACAGCCCAGAGCCACGUGGAGUGCAACUGGGGACGUGCAGAAAGAGCGAGGGGCAGGCUCCCGAGUGGGGAGCACCCUGUGAGAAUCUGCCUGGCCUGGUGACGCAUCUGAGGAUCGACCUGGAGCAGCCCAACGAAUGCAGGGGGGGCCGGAAUGAAAUCGCUGAGCCCCAGGGCGGCGUCGCCGUCUCCCGGCUCUGCCAGCCCGCGGAGAGGCCCUUUCAUUGCCUGCAGUGUGGCAAGAGCUUCACCCGGAAAGACACCCUGCUGUCCCACCAGCGCACCCACACCGGGGAGCGGCCCUACGCCUGCGCCCAGUGCGGGAAGACCUUUGCACAGCAGUCCAAGCUCAGCAGCCACCGCCACACCCACAUGGGCGAGCGGCCCUACGCCUGCAGCCAGUGCGCCAAGACCUUCGGCCGCAAGGAGCACUACACCCAGCACCAGAGGACCCACACGGAGGAGCGGCCCUUCAUCUGCAGCCAGUGCGGGAAGAGCUUCCGCAGGUACUUCAACCUGACGGUGCACCAGCGCACCCACACGGGGGAGCGCCCCUACCAGUGCAGCCAGUGCAACAAAAGCUUCAUCCACCAGUCGUGCCUCAACUACCACGCCCGCAUCCACUCGGGGGAGCGGCCCUACGCCUGCGCCCAGUGUGCCAAGCGCUUUGCCGAACCCUCCAAGCUGGCGGUACAUUGCCGAGUUCACACCGGCGAGCAGCCCUACUCCUGCCUCCAGUGCGGCAAGAGCUUCGGCCUGAAGAAAAGCCUCGUCGUCCACCAGCGGAGCCACGCUCAGGAGCGGCCCUACCAGUGCUCCGAGUGCGGUGUCCACUUCAUCUGCCAGUCCUACCUUGUCCGGCACCGGCUGGUCCACACCGGGGAGCGGCCCUACAAAUGUACCGAGUGCGGCAAAAGCUACAGCCGCAAGGAGCACCUGCAGAACCAUUGGCGUAUCCACACCGGGGAGCGGCCCUUCCAGUGCACCGCUUGCGGGAAGAGCUUCAUCCAGAAACAUCACCUCCUGAAGCACCAGCGCAUCCACACCGGGGAGCGCCCCUACCAGUGCGGGGAGUGCGGGAGGAGCUUCCGCUGCAAGGAGUCCCUGAAGGAUCACGCCAGGGUUCACGGCACAGAGCUGGGUCACCUGCAGGCUGCGCCCAGUCUCACGCAGGUAUUGAAGAUGGGCACCAUUCAGGAAUGGAACGUCGAGGCGCAACAUCUGCUGCCUUUGCAGCCGCCCCUUGUCCCCGAGCGCGCUCACAUGAGAGAAGCACAGCUGCACACGGCAGAGGCCUCUCUCUGGACUGUGGUGGCUACGGUGCAGGCCAUGGAGCGGAAGAUCGAUCUGCUGGCCACGCGCCUGCUGAGCCUGGAGGGGAGAUCUGGGACGGCCGAGAAGAAAUUAAUAGACUGUGAAAAAACAGCAAUGGAGUUCAAUAACCAGCUGGAGAGUAAGUGGGCCGUGCUGGGAACUCUGAUCCAGGAGUACGGGCUGCUGCAGAGGAGGCUGGAGAACGUGGAGAACCUGCUGAAGAACAGGAACUUCUGGGUCCUGAGGCUCCCCCCAGGCACUAAAGGGGAGGUCCCCAAGAUGCCGGUGACGUUCGUCGACGUGGCUGUCUAUUUCUCCGCGGAGGAGUGGAAGAAUUUGGAAGACUGGCAGAAGGAGCUAUACAAUAACCUGGUGAAGGAGAACUAUGAAUCUUUGAGCUCGCUGGACCGGACCCGUUCCAAAGCGGACCCCGAGCCCCGGAUUGAACGAGGGGAAGAGGCUUGUGUCCAAGAGCAGCAGAACUUAAAGGAGAGAGAAAUCCCUCCAGAGCCCUGCACAGAAUCCCUGAUGUCAACGCCCGACAUUCUGUCCCGGAUCAAACAAGAGGAGGGGCCUUUUGUCGGGGAGCAGCAGUUCUCGGAGGAGAGAGGAAUUCCCGCGGACCCCUGCGCAGGAGCAGACGCUCUGAUUUCUGCCCAUGACUUUUUAUCCUGGAUUAAACAAGAGGAAGAGCCCUGUGUCCGGGAUUCGUGGGAGUUGGCUGAAAGAGAGAUCCUCACUGGCCCUGGCCCAGGCGACGGGCUCAUGGUGAAGUCGGAGGAGCAGCGUCACCGCCAGGCAGGCCCGGAAGAGUUGGGGUUGCUGGGGGGCUCUGGGGAGCCGCUCUACCAGGCCCCGGCCUACGGGAGCCAGCGUGGCUCGGUGACGCAGCAAGCCGACCCUGGCGAGAACAGACUGGGUAAAUCCUUCCGCUCGGACGCCAGCUUCGGCGAGUUACCAGGCACCUUGAUCCCGCGGGGAGCCGGCGCGCUGGGGGAGGAGCGGCCGCACGGCUGUGCCGAGUGCGGGAAGAGCUUCAGCGUGAAGAAGAGCCUGAAGAUUCACCAGCGGAGCCAUGCCAAGGAGCGGCCCUACGCCUGUGGGGAGUGCGGCAAGAGCUUCAACUGCCACUCGGGGCUAGUGCGGCACCAGAUGAUCCACCGCGGCGAGCGGCCCUACAAGUGCGAGGAGUGCGGGAAGUGCUACAGCCGCAAGGAGCACCUCCAGAACCACCAGCGGCUGCACACCGGCGAGCGGCCCUUCCAGUGCGCCGCCUGCGGGAAGAGCUUCAUCCGCAAGCAGAACCUGCUAAAGCACCAGCGCAUCCACACCGGGGAGCGGCCCUACCAGUGCGGGGAGUGCGGGAGGAGCUUCCGCUACAAGGAGUCCCUCAAGGACCAUCAGCGGGUUCACGGCGCGGAGCUGGGGGCCCCCCCUGGGCUCCCGCCGGCCCUGGGCAGUGGGGACUAGAUCCUGGGACUCCGUGGACUAGACCACAUGGCAGCUCGGGACUGGGUCGUAACCGACCGCGAGUUAAAUCCAAGGCAGCGAAGUGAAAACCAGUGCCAGAAACGAAGCUUUUACCAAAUACGUCCGUGGGGCACGAGGCAGCCAGGGUGUCUGGCACGUCCUCGGAGGGACCCCCAGCACGUUUUUCAUACCCAUCUCCCAUCCCCUGGACAAGCCCCUUCCACGCAACCUGCAGAGAGAGCCGGAAAGGCCGGUGCAUGCGCCGAACGCUGCUCCCCGCCUCCUCCCGUGCCCAAAGAGCAACCUCGUCCCCACUAACGUCCCGCUCCGGUUCUGAACCCCCCCAUGGCCUCACUCCUGGGGCUCUUCUCUAGAACCCGCUUCCUUUCUCCCGCUCCACACCCACAGCGGCAAGAUUGUGUGAGAGCCUUCUCCUCUGCAGCUCCUGCCCCCAGAGCCGCCUCUCCCCACAUUUCUCCUCCCACUGGAUGUAGAUUGAUUCUUUCUCACCCGUUGCUCUGUGUCCCGCCCCCUCCCCCCCAUUGUUUUUACAUUUUAAUUUCAUAAGCGUGCAGUUAAACUCUGUCAAGUGUUUGGCGGUGUAGUUUUAUAUGGCAGAUGCAAUGCAAAAUAAAGUUGUGUUGGGCUGUU